AAGGAUAUAAAAGCUGAUAGUUAUGACAAUAAAUGGUUUGCCAUCAAAGCAUUUAACAACAAAGAAAAAAAAAGACAAUAUGAAAAGAUGAUAGAGAAAUUGGAAAAUAUACAUAUUACUUCAGAUAUUUCUCAUCAUUCGGUCUCUAUACGUCAAUAUAAUAGAGCUAAUGACCAAUAUCGUAUUGAAUCCGGGAGAAAUGUGGCAGAAUAUCUCGAAAUAAUCUAUAACAAAUUUAUAAAUGAAAAAUCACUAUUUAAUGUUCCAGAAAUGUCAAAUAUCAUCGAAUACAUUACUGUCUCUCUUUAUUUAAAUCAUUUAGCUGAUUUUCUAUGUGAUGAUAACAAUAUCAUUAACGAUGAUCAUGAAAUGCUUCGUCCACCUGAUGAUAGUUUACGACAUAUUGAGUUAAAAUUUUAUUACGAAGCUUUAGUAAAAUU